UGGUGCUGGAGAUGUUUGGAGUUUGGACAAGAACGCGGAGAGAAAAGCAGUGGCCAACUCGCAACUUUCUGGGCCACUGAAACACCCUCCAGCCCGAAAAACUAUAAUGAAAUAUACUUCCAGGUAUUUUCAGAAGACGUAAGAGUUGACGUUAAAAUCAUUUUUGGAAACUGGAGCUGCUUCCUUGUUCGACGACGGCGUGAAAUAUCUCAACAUCCUCACAAAGAAACUUUGCUUGCUAGGCUGCUAACUCGCACACAACUAGAAAAAAAAGUAUGAUCACCGCCGAAGACUUUAUCGCACGCUGUCAGUAACAUCUAAUCCGUCGAGCUAAGCGUUAGGGGUGGUUGUAUUUAUUUGGAAAUGGUAUCUAUAUUCCUCGAGACUGACUUUUGUAACGGUUUUUAGUAGUCUUCAUCACCAGUGGAGGAAGAGUUGCACGCCCCCAAAUCCCCGGCAGGCAGGACAUCCAUUAAGCUAAGGAGUCCCAGAUUGGUUUUUGGAAAGAUGUCUAGCCGAAGUGCUGUUGGGCAUCACCGAGGAGCUACUUUGGGUCCACAACCCCUCAAGGCUACUGUUCCCUAUCAGCUGGCUAACAAGCCUCGACCAAACCGGAGAGAUGGAAAGUCAGCUGGCAAGCCCAAACCGCACCAGCUGAGCUCUGGCAUGAGGCGGACCAUGUCUCUAGAUGCCAUCAUCGGGCCGUACCUGCAGGGACACUGGCCCAAAGAACCAGAGAGCCAGAGCAGCCUGUCUCGCAAGGACAAGUCCACCCAGACCCCCGACUCCUGGUCAGAUAAAUCCCAGAGCAGGAGAGGUAGCAGCAGCAGCCACAAGCGAUCGGCAUCAUGGGGCAGCGCCGAGCAUCAGCGAGAGAUCACUAAACUAAAACAACAGCUGCAGCAGCGCAGCAAACCUGCUGUCUCAGGGGGGCAUGACAAAGACUGCCAGCGUGGAUAUCCCCAGGGGAGCAGUACCCUAGGAACUACUCGGACUCAGCCAAUUCCCAUCCCCCUUACUCCCCUGUCUACACUGGUCCCUCGACUGCGCUGCAGCGUGGAGGGCCUCAACCAGGAGCUGGAAGGCAUGUUCAUCUGCCAGCCAUCGCAUCCUCAGCACAGGCUUCUUGAGGUUCCAGACGGUCACCGGGCUCCAGUCCCUCUGCAGAGCUGCAGCAGUGGAUCGCAGAGUGAUCCCGCCACCACACCCCUGACCUCAUCUUCCUCCUCCUCACCUAGCUCCUCUCCCACCAACCUCUCCACCUCCCCACCCAACUCUAAAGACGCACCUCUGGAUCUGCACCAAGGUUUGAUAGACAGUGCAGAGAUGUGCCUCCUGUCUCCGUUCCUCCCCCAGAAUGAGGCUGACCUCUCCCUGCCUCUGCUGAUGUCAUCGUCCCCAGGGCCCAAUAAAAGUUGCUGCUUCCAGAGAGAGCCUCCAGAGGGCUGCGAGAAGAUCCGAGUCUGGGAGGAGACCAGCGCCCCACGCCAACCCAAGCCAGCCCUCAUCUCCUCGUGCCCAGACCCCAACAAGGUGAACUUCACCCCCCAUGGGGGCUCAGCCUUCUGCCCCGUCAGCCUCCUCAAGCCCCUGCUCCCCUCCAUGGACCUGUUGUUCCGCAGCCUUGCCGUCUCACCAGCAGGCAGUUGCUCGAGCCAGGGGACAAGCUCCUGCCAGGCGACGUCCUCUGGCAACUGGGCUGCUCCUCCAGAUCCUCCUCCCGCCGCCGCCGCCGUCAGGGGAGAAAGCUCCGGGGAGGGCCUCGCUUUCUGAUCACUGCUGCAGAUCUUUUUUCUGUGUGAAUGCAAAUAUUUCAGUGGUCUGGGACAGAUUCGUUGAUGUUGCUUUGUUUUUCCAGAAUGGACCAUUUCUUUUCUAUACAGGUUUAAAAUAAUAUGUUAAAAACAUAGUAAUGUUAAAAAAAAUAAUAAUAUUGUACUCAUACACAAUGCAAUGAAUAUGCUUUAUGAGCUACUUGUUUUGGGUGUCUGGCCAUUGUGAUAUUUCUAAAUCAAGGCAUUUCUGUCAUUUCAUAAUCCAAAGAUAUAUUUUUGGCCAAACACGAGUGUGUGUGUGAGAGAUGAGGAAGUCUUAUUCUACCUGAAAUGUGAUUUGUUGGUGACUUGCUUCACGUUUUCAUUUUUUUCUUCUUUUUUUUUUGUUUCGUUUCCCCAAAGAAGUUGUGACACACUGGUUUUUAAACUCUCACUGCAGUGUGUCAUCUCUGUCCAAAAUGUUAGGAGUCUGGGUCAAGGAAGAAAACCCCUUGUUGGCUAAGUUUGCUUGUUUUUUUUUUAAGUAUUCAAAGAUAUUUAUCUGCAAUUCUUUUUACCAAACAAUCUUGCACCUGUUGCUGUACAUGACAGAUCAGUUGGGUACUUUUUUAUUUACCUGAUUUAAAAAGAGAAGGGGGGGAGGGGGAACCUGACAAAAUGAAAUCAUAUUUUGAUAGUUUUUGACUGAAGGGAUUUAUCCAGUAGUUGGAUUUGGAUAGCUUCAAUACCUAAACGCUUUAGCUCAUGCAUUCCUAACUUGUGCAUGUAUUAAUGGAUCAAAAGCCCUGUUAUUCCUUGAUGUUCUAGAUGUGCUUGAUGGUAUGUUUAGUUUGGGGUUUUACAACCUAGUUGACUACCUAACCAGUUUUAGUGGUGUAGCUGUGUCAUCCUUUCUCUGAAGAUGUUCUUCUGCCAAGCUGACAAGUUGUUGUUGUUCCCAUAGUUUUAUUUCUGGUAGACAUGUUUGCACAAAUUUAACUGCUACUUUUCAGUCGCAAUUAUUUUUAUAUUCACUUUUGUACUUUAAGAGUAGUUAUGUGUAUUUUCUAUAUAUAUGAUUUUUUUUUUUCAAUUACCUGCAACAUAAGCUAAAAAAAAAACUUGUUACUUUUAGUUUUGUUCUGUCGGCAUAAUUGAGGCAGGUGUUACAUGAGAUACUGUAUCUGGUGGAUUUUUAUGCACUUCCAGGAGAGGGUUUUUAUGUGGAGGAGAAGACGUUUCUUCCAUAUGUUGGUCCUGGGUUUAUUGUCUCUGACAGAAGUUGUGCGUGUGCGUGUGCGUGUGUGUGUGUGUGUGUGUGUGGAUGGAGAGUUAACUACUCUCAUCGUUUGACUUCUAGUUUUAGUAUCCUGGUGAAAUACUGAUGCAUUGAAACAUUUGUCUUUUUCCAAACAAGCCUCAAUUUCAAUGUUUUAUGAAUCGUGUGGAUGCUGGGGGGUGUGCUGUUAUCUCAGGUUCUGUCCAUAUAAAUAUAUGACUGAUAA